GCCCGCCCACCAAUUUAAAAGUCUCGGUGGAUUUAGGAAGUCCACAACAACGACGUGUGUCGAGUUUAACGGCAGUGCGACCUCUUGUCUUCAGAUAAACUGAAAGAAAUGCUCGGCUGUUCGUGGUGAGUUCACGGUCACCCGCCGUGGCCAGGGAACUAUGGCGUUGCUGUGUCCAAAGCCCUCGGUGCUGUGGCUCAUUGCCGUUGUUGUUGCCUCACCCGCCGGGCCGGAGCCGGGGGACCCCGCGGCCGCGUUCAGCGUCCCGACCCUGGACGGGGAGUUCUCCUACCAGCCCGGGGGCCCGCGGGGAGCCCUCGUGGUGCACGCCUUCUCCAACAAGUCGGGCUUCCUGGAGUGCAUGUGGAGCUCCGAGUCGUCCCUGGUCAGCCUGGUGGAGGAGCUGCCGGACAGCACCCACGUGCUGUUCCUGUCCCUGGACGACUCCGCGGUCAGCGACGCUCUGUGGAUGAGGGAGCAGCUGCAGCGGGUCGCCAUGCACAGGAACCAGGAGGUUCUGACCCGGCUGCACUUCUCCCCGGUGCCGGUCUCCGCUCUGGGGAACUGGAUCCCCGACGUGCUCUACUACUGGCGCUGCAGCGGCCGCGGCUGCGUCUUCUCCCAGGUCGUCUUCAAAUCCGAGGGGUGGAACAUCCCCAUCGUGGUCAAGAGACUAGAUGCCCGGUACGACUGGCUCAUGGCGCGUGGCGAGCCGAGGUCGUACCGGCUGGUGGACGCCGGCGACGGGUGUGGAGCCUCCCCCUCGGUGGCCGGAGCUCUAGCCUGGGUGUCCGAGGGGAACUGCUCGUUCUUCACCAAGGUGCACAGCAUGGCCCGGUCCAACGCCUCCGGUGUCCUCGUCUACGCUCUGCCCGGCAACCCGAUCCGGGACAUGAACUGUGUCGGGGCCGAGUGCGACACGACGCUCGCCAUCCCGGCUGCCAUGGUGCACCGGGAGGCGCCGGUCGCUCGGGCGCUCGAGGUUGGACAGCCGGUGUACGCGUCCUUCCAGAACACCCCGUCCCCGAACUUCUUCAUCGGCAUUGACCACCAGGGGGCGCUGGCCGAGAUGGGCUGGUUCACCUACCCCUCGUUCAGCUUCCUCAACUGGCAGGCGCAGUGGUUUGAUUUCGACGCAGCGCUAAAGGUCAAACUUCAGAGUCCCGCGAAGGUCAUUUCUGUCUUCGACAAAGUCCCGAUGCUCGGAGAGAAAGGAGCCGUGGCCACGGUGGACCUGCCCAUCGCGCUGUGGGACGUCUCGGCGCUGCAGCUGGACGCGUCUCUGUCGUGUCCCGGCGGCCGCGACGCGUCCUGCGGCCACUGGGACCACGCGGUGCGGCUGCUGGUCUGCUGCGACCCCGGAGGCCCGUCCUGCGGCGCCGAGCUGGGCCGCUGGGUCACCGCCUUCCGCAGAGGAAUCGGGCGCUGGCUGACGGACGUGACCCCCCUCGUCCCCCUGCUGGACAGCAGCAGGUGCACCCUGACCAUGAAGACGGUCCCCUGGGCGAUGCCGUGGAUCGUCUCCCUCAACCUGAGAUUCAGCGUCGGCAAUCGGACGGGUUCUGAAAUCGAGAAGCUCCGCCCCUUCCGAGUGACGCCGCUGUACAGCGGGGGAACCUUCGACAAGAGCUAUAACGAGCGGUACCGGCCGACCCACCUGUCCGUCCCGCCGUCUACCAGAAAGGUGGAGCUGUACGCCGUCAUCACGGCCCACGGCUACGACGACAACGGCUGCGGAGAAUUCUGCGUGACCUCCCACCACUUCCUGAUCAACGACGUCUUCAACAACACCCUCACCUUCCACUCGGCAGGAACGCCGCUGGGCUGCACGCUGCGGGUGAAAGACGGCGCCGUGCCGAACCAACACGGCACGUGGCUGUACGGCCGAGGAGGCUGGUGCGACGGACUCCAGGUCGACCCCUGGAGGACAGACGUCACCCAACAGAUGAACAUGAGCGGGUCGGAGUCCAACGCCGUCGUCUACUUCGGCUUGUUCCGAGGGAAGGACCCCGAUCCAUCCGAGGAGCCCGGAUACAUCAUCAUGUCUUCUUUUCUCGUCUUUUAUAAAUGAUGCCCUCCACCCCCCCCCCUCUCCUCUGUGAACGUACACUCCAAAAGUCUAAAUUAAAUGUAGAUUUUUUUGUCCGACUGUUUUCGCCGUCUGUCCCCGUUUCUCGUGCCGCGGUUUCGUAGACCUGCACCAACCGGACCUCCGGGACCGGGUCGUCCCUGAUUUUAAUAUGGAUGCUGUCUCCGUGGGGGCCGUUAGUUUCUCACUAUCAGCAGAAACAACUUUAUCUCCGCAAAAACAAUCCGUUUCCUUAAAAUGUUAUGCACGUAAAAAGAUGAAAGAGUAACUAAACCGCAGAGUUUUGGGUAAAAUGCAUCGACCCCGCCAUGUAAAUGGCUCAUUUUCAUCAAUGAGGAGCAUUAAGCUCUGAAAAGUGCUCUGCAUGUGUGUAACAGUACGACAUCACUGUCACGAUCCGGACGUUUUGGAGUCUUAUUUUGAAGUCCUUGUCCUUCGUGUCCUCUGUCUCCCUGCACUUCCUGUCCCUGUGGUUGGCUGCCCUGUUCCUGAUGGUUUCCUCCUGUGUGAUUGCUAUGUCCUCCACUUCUGUAUUUUUCAUUUUGUUUUUCAUUUGUAUUGUACAAAGUCACUUAAUAAACCUGUGAUGAUA